AUGUCCGAGGCAUUCAGGCUCAUCGAGACUGGGGGUGACCCUAGAAUCCAUCUUGCCUUGACAGGGACAGUCUUGAGGUACCUGGACUUGGACUACCGGUUAAUUCAGCGCCAAGUCAAGGAAGAGCUACAGCUGGAUAAGCAGCAAAUCAGAUCAUCAGGAAAUUCAAAGGCAGGACUCUUCGAGUCAGGAACAGCAGAGGAUCGCGCCCGGAUUGUGCUGGCGGAUCUUACAAGACUUGAACAGUGGGAGCGUGACCACGCUACCCAAUCCAAACGAGCAGGAGCACAUACAAACAGAUCAUCACUCCUUGACAACCAAGUCUUUCGCCAAGAGAUCACCACCAUCAUCGUCGUCCUAACCCUCCGCUGCCGGCGACCCACGGUCGAGAUCCAGACCUUGAUACAAAAUCUGCGGGCAGUGCGGGAUCCGGGAACGUUCAUCUAUGCAAUUGUCGCCAACAAUCCAACCGAGUUUUCGCCUACCAUUGACACGCUCCUCGACUCUGAUGACCGCUACAACAACGUCAAAGAUAUCUUGCCCCAACUCUGCAAGCUCGCUGAUUACAGGACCUGGGAUGUACGGCAGCGACUGGUCAAUCGCAAAGUCUUUCCCAAUCUGGCGAUCGAACUCACCAUCGAGCACUGUCACGACGAAAUCGGAUUUAUGAACAGGAUCCUCAAGGGCCAACCCGAGUGGCUGACCAACAGUCGCGGACCAGUGACGAGGACGAGCAUGUCGUCCAUCAUGGAGUUUGUGAUCUCUUCUUUGAACGACGAAUUGACAUCCGAUCACCCAGACAAUGUUGCUAUCAAUCGGCUACUACGGAUCUUGUCAGGAAUGGUUGGACUCAUGGGUCUUUCCCUCACCGCGGAGCAACUGGAGAUUUCUCUCGGAGUGCUGGAGAUGUCACCGGCAGAGCCAUGUACGGUCAACUUCAAGGUAUGCUUAAUCUUGAUGAGCGCUGCUCAGCUGAUCAAGUACUCCGAGUCACGGACACGGAGGAUACUGCGCCAGCUGUUAGAUUGCGCCGACUCGCCUCAGGUUUUGAUGCUUUGGAUCUACCUCCAGAGCAAACUGAUGCCAAAGAUUGACGAGUUUGCUUCACGAGCGCUCUCUAUGGAAAUCGUCGUUCCUCGUAUGGGACUCAUGGAACUCGUUGGAUUCUUCACGACCCUCUUUACCGACAAGGAGCUUGCUUCGUGUGCGCUUGGUCUCGGACGACCUGCCACUUCAUCACCCUACAAAACCAAUGGAUCCAAUGGAUUCAGCGCGCCAACAUCAGCCGCUCCUUCGACAGCAUACAUCGCAAGUUCUGAGGCAUCGGAACUCCGAUCCGUCUCCAAUUUUUGUGUUUCACAUCUGCUGGAUAGAGGCGUUUUCAUCAGGAGUUCGACGGAUGUGCGCACAUGGGUCCUUGAUCAGAUCCAAGCCACAGAUGUUCCUCUUGAUGACAACAUGAUCCCUCUCCUCCAAGCAUAUACCAAAGCCAUUUCAAAGUCGGAUCGCAUCACACGGAUACCAGAACACGACAUUCGCACGUUUUUUGCCAACCCCUGUCAGGACCUCACACCUGCCAAGGUGCUUUUGACCCUCUACAUGUUGCUCAACAACGAAGUCUGUCUCGAGAACCUUGGCCAAGACAGUUCCAACCGGAAUCGAGAGUACGACGCGACGUUGCUUCAGUAUGUACAGAUUAGGAAGGUAUUGCUAUUCGUUCAGGAGUUCCAGGGAGGAGUGGCGUUCAAGGCGGUCCAGCCCAUGUUCUUAAAGCUGGUCAACUCUCAGUUUCCUGAGCUGUUUGAUGUCUCUACGCUUUUGCUGGAGGAGGAGAACAAGUUCUCGUCAUCGGCCGUCGUUCAGAGCUCACAUUCAUCAAAGAGAGGGGUCUCUGGAUCAUCAUCAUCUACGUCGCUUAUCAGUACGCCACACACAACGUCAGCAGAGUCCUCGGCAUGGGUCGAAACCCAUUACAAGUCUCUGGAACAACACCUCCUCUACCCUGAAGACGCUAUCAAAGCAUACUACGCAUUCCAAAGGCUUCCGCAGGCGGACAGGCAGAUACUGGCAGGGUCGAUUGUUCAGAUGAGUUUACCUUCGCUUUUGGACCCAGAGUCGGACCCCACGGUCAUGGAAGUCUUCAAAAAGACGUGGGAUCAACUCAACUCGAUCAUGCCACACGACCUCUGGGCUAUGACUGUCGAUGCCCUCCUCCCACGUUCCUCUAGCUCUUUCAUCCCCCUCAACUUUGCAGCAACAUCGGCAUCUUCAUCACAAGGCGGGGGAGGAACAGGGCCACCCCAACAGAAACUCAAUCAGCAACCAUUUCAACAAAAGAACAAGGACGUCUAUACCUUCGAGUGGCUGGUCCAGGAUCCACUCUUGCUGUUCAAGGUCGACCCACGAGUUUUUAGGACACCGACGAUUUUCCGUCUGUUUAUUCAGAUUCUGGGCGCUGUCAUGGUGGGAUCUCGACACUGGUUCCGGAAACAGUUUACUGCGUCACAGGUGGUUCUGAAUAGUCAUCAGAACAUGGUUCCGAUCCAGACUCAGAAACAUCGGGUGUUCAAGGAGUCCAACUUGACGGCUUUAGUCUAUAUCCAGGACUCGUCCAUUGUUCAGUUGUUGUUUGAGAUCUGUCAGCGCCGACCGGAGGAUAUUGAGGAGGCUUUGGCACAUCAGCACCAGCAGGAGGAGGCUGCAGCUGCAGCUUCUGGUAUCUAUUCGGAUGACGAACUUCCCGGCCACGGUCAUAAUACGAACAGGAAAAAUAGCACUGCAGCGGGACCACGGAAACCUCCAUCUCACGGGAAGGAACCUCAUCUUCAGGGCCCGAUCUCGGAGGUACUGAAGGAGAUCCAGAUUGUGACGUUCAACUUUUUGCAUCAGCUCUUUAUCGAUUUCAAGAUCCUACCCAAGUUGAUUCACUUCCAAGGGUACUCGCCUGAGCUGCUGCCGGCGACGCUGGCGGGAAUGGAAUCAUUGCACGUUUGUAUGGACUUUUUGCAUGAGUUGCUGUUUGCUACCCCAGCGGCUACUUCUGCCCUGGCUACCGGUCCUCCUAGUGGUGUUAGUGGGACGCCGGUGACGAGUUCUACGGGGUCUAUGCUUGCUGGAGGACCGGGCGCUGGUGCUUUGGCUUCCUCGUCUACUGGAUCGAUCGUCGUAGGGGACGGCGGUGUUGUACCAAACGGAAACAUGCCCUCGGCGGCUGCGGCGGCUGCUGCCGCUGCAGCUGCAGCGUCGUCGUCGACAGAUUUGACGCUUCGUCUUUUCGCGUUACGACUGUCAGUCCUGGUGUGUGAGAGGUACCCGUUGGAGAGGACGCAGGACAUGGCACGCAAGUUUAUUCUGGAGCGGAUGGGGGCGUUUGCGAUCAGCUCGAAUUAUUCGCCUGAAGUGCUUGAUUCUGCCAAGAUCUUGGCGCGUGCUUUCCCGAGUAUGCUUUCUGAUAUCAUCGGUGUCCUGCAAGAUGCGUAUGGACAAGAAAGGCAGAAGGAGCUGGAUGACUUUAUCGAGUCGGUUACCCUGAUGACCUCUGACCCCGCGCUCUGGAACAAGAGUCUUUUGUGA